AUGUCUCCAACUAUCAAGAACCGUCUCUGGAAUCCGGCAUUCGGUAUCAGGUUCUCUCCAAAAGCUGAACAUCAGCCUUCAUAUCCUUUCCUCGAUAUUACUCGCUUUGUCCACACGCCUGCCUCCAGCUCCGAGGCCGCACGGAAUGAAGGGGUCGAAAUUGAUGAGUUCAGUGACGAUGAGGAGUUUGAACGUCACGCAACGGAAUGGUUCGAUCAGCAGGAUCAACGGGAGUUACCAGUUACCGAAACCAUUUCUGAAGGGACACAGGUUACGACAGACACAGACGGAAACUUGAUCGACCCUUCAAAACAGGAGUCUGUUACAACAGAAACCAUUACGACAGAGACUGUUGUGACCAAGACUGUCACUACAGAGACUGUCGCUCCUCCUUUGACCAACCUGGAUUACACCAUUGAUGUCGACCAUUGGGAAGCUGCGCGAAAGAGCCAAGCUGGCUCUCAAGAGUCCUUCUGGUCCUACAGGAUGUAUCGUCAUAUUCAAGAAAAUGGCGAGGAGCAAAAAGUCAAGGUCCAUUAUUGCACCUCCAAGCAUACUAUGGAAUGGGUCUGCCAGCGAUACUUUGCAGACGAAAAGGUCAUCGGCUUCGAUCUAGAAUGGUUGAUUAGGCCAAAGAACAACAAUCCUCGGAUAAACGUCUCCCUCAUCCAGAUCGCUAGCCCCAGUCGUAUUGGAUUGUUCCAUAUCGCUCUUUUCCCGAAGGACGACUUCGUUGCUCCCACCUUCAAGAAAAUCAUGGAAGACGAGAACGUGACAAAGGUGGGCGUUUCAAUCAAGGGUGACUGUACGCGGUUAAGGAAUAAUCUUGGCAUCGAGAGCAAGGGAGUUCUCGAGCUAUCUCAUCUCUUCAAGCUUGUCAAAUACUCAAAGUCUGGGGAGCUAAACCGAAUCAAUAAGGUCAUGGUGAAUCUUGCGGCACAGACGCAAGAAGUUCUAGGCCUCCCGCUCUUCAAAGGAGACGAUGUACGCUCUGGCAACUGGAUGCUGCGUCUAUCGGAACGUCAAGUAGCAUAUUCUGCUUCAGAUGCUUAUGUUGGUCUACAACUAUACCAUGUCUUGGAGCAGGAGCGUUUGAAACUGCAGCCAACUCCUCCUCGGCCUGAGUUUGUCGAGAAGAACUUGCCUAUCAAGUUCUUAACGGCUGAUGAUGUUGAUGAAAGUGACGCCACGUCGGAGUCUGGAGAUUCCGAGGUGAUUUCUGACUUUGAAGCUGAAUUGGCCGGGUCCAAUGAUGAACUUCCACAACCUCCUACAGCAUCAAGGACGAUAGAAGUAGAACCCUCCGAAAAGAAGGUCGAAGACACAAGAGACCCUCGUAUUAUCGCAGCUGAAAGCCAAACGACCCAAUACCGCAACAAGGUCCACGUUUUGAGGGCUUCUACCACUUCUUUGCGGACUUAUUUCCUCUGGCACAACAACGAAGGCCUCACGCCGGAGUCUAUCGCGGCUCUUCUGCGAACCCCUCCUUUGAAGACCAAUACGGUUGUGAGCUAUAUUCUUGAUGUUAUCAUCGCCGAGAAGCUGCCAUACCAGAAGACGAGGCUUAGGAAUGAGGUGCUGGCACACCUUGCUCCCCAGGCGCUGUCAGGAGUUAGGUAUCGAGCACUGGCAGAAGAUGCCGAAGAGUCGGAAGAAGAGCUAUAG